AUGUUGGGAAGUAUUAUAAAUGUUGGAGCUUUGUUAGGGACGCCCUUAACAGCUUAUAUGGCUGACAAAUUUGGAAGGAAGUAUUCAGCUAUGCUUGUUGGACUACCCUACGUCAUAACAUGGGCAUUAAUUUCCGUCACCAAGUCUUAUUACGUGGUUCUCUUCGCGCUUGCUUUAUCUGGUCUCAGUGCAGCCGGUCAAUCUGUUUCUUCUAUUUACAUAUCAGAAAUAGCCCAAGACUCAAUCAGAGGGUCAUUGACCUCAUCUGUUAAUUAUGCUCUCUCCAUUCUGUAUAUCAUAAUGCUGAUACCGUUGAAGGAAUCUCCUUGUUAUUUGCUGAAAAUUGGAAAGGAAAAGGAAGCUCGGGAAUCCAUCGCGUUCUAUCGACAAGUGGAUGUAGAUUCAAAAGAAGUGGAAAGAGAAAUUAAUAGUCUGAGAGUUCAGUUAGAUUUAAAUGCGGAUAUCAUUAUAGAAGACUGCGACACAAACCGGUUGCCUGAAGCUGUUAAUGAGCAUCAAGAAUCAUUCAUCAAAGGUGAAGCGAGACCAGUUAAGAAAAAAAUAUCAGCAUGGCAAUUUUUGAGAAAAUCAGAAUCAUCCAAGAGAGCGCUGAUGGCGGUCAUAAUAACUAUGUCAGCUAUGGUUCUUAUGGGUUCAUUGGUGUUGCAAAUGUUUGCAGAAUCCAUAUUUAAGGAGGCAAUUCCCGGUAUGAGGCCAAAUACGUGUGCUAUAUUACUGGCAGUGGACUAUCUGCUGGCAUCAUUGGUUGGUGCUUCCACGUUGGAUAAAUUAGGAAGGAAGAAUUUGAUGACGAUAACGUCUUUCAUUGCCGGUAUAUUUACAAUCGUCAUAGGAACGCAACUGCAUCUCCAUUGGGCUCCAUAUUGGUUCACCGCUGUCAUUAUAUACUUACACAGUUUUAUAUUCAACUUAGGAGUAGCCCAAGUACCCUUGGUUCUGGCUGCAGAAGUGUUUUUGCCAGAGGUACGAGCUCUUGGAAAUAGCAUUGCCUUGGCGUUUUUGUGGAUCACAAACUGGAUUGUUGUAUCAACCUUCUUCCCUUUGGUCGAAUUUUUCGUUGGCUUCCUGACAUCACUGACAGGAUUUGUAUAUGCCUGGCCGUCUUAUACUUUCCAAAUAUAUUUAUCAAAUGAUACUUAUCUCGAUGCACCGAUUACUGUCAACCAAAUGUCUAUGUUGGGAAGUAUCGUUAACAUCGGCGGACUUAUAGCGACACCGCUUUGUGGAUAUGCUGUGGAUAAAAUAGGAAGGAAGUAUUCGGCUAUGCUUUUUGGGUUGCCUUAUGUGAUAUCGUGGGCCCUAAUUACUGUAACUACAUCAUUCUACGUUGUAUUAUUUGCUGUUGGUGUAUCUGGGUUUGGCGCCGCAGGUCAAGCUGUUUCUACCGUAUAUAUAUCAGAAAUAGCUCAAGAUUCAAUAAGAGGAGCUUUAACUUCUUCAACAGUCUAUGGUUUUUUCUUUGGCCUGUUGAUGUCCUAUAUUUUUGGGGGAUACAUGACUUACUAUAACGUUUUGUACAUACAUCUAGCUCUAUCAAUAUUGUACAUCUUAAUGUUGAUACCUUUAAAAGAAUCCCCGUGUUAUCUUCUCACAUUAAAAAAGGAGAAGGAAGCAGCGGAGGCAAUAGCUUUUUAUCGACAAGUAGACGUGUCAUCUAAAGAAGUUGAAUUAGAAAUUCAGAAGAUCAAACUCCAGUUAGGUUCUAAAGAAGAUAAAAUACUCAAAUCUGAUGCAGAUACUCAAGAAGCAGAAGAUCUUAUAAAAAAGACUCCAGUGGAAUCAAAUGAAAAUAAAGAAACAGCGUGGCAGUUUUUAAAGAGAUCGAAAUCAUCCCAAAGGGCUUUAGUGGCUGUCUUCACAGUGAUGGCUCUGACAAUACUGAUGGGUUCAAUAGCCCUCCAAGUUUAUGCUGAACCGUUAUUUAAAGAGGCAGUUCCCACUAUGCAUCCAAAUACUUGCUCCAUUUUGAUGGCAGUCACUUACCUAACAGCUGCCCUAUUUGGAGCAAGUUUGUUAGACAAAUUUGGAAGAAGGGUGCGCGGUCUUGGAAAUAGCGUGUCGAUGGCUACUAUGUGGAUUAUGAACUGGGUUACUCUCAUCAUUUUUAACCCUAUAGUGGAGUGGUGGGGUCUUGGUUCUGCGUUUUAUUUUUUCUCUUUAAUGUGUUUCUUCGCGGCAGCCUAUAGCCAAUUUUGCUUACCAGAGACCAAGGGUUUAUCAGCUGAUGAGAUACAAUUAUUGUUUUUGAAAGAAAAAAGAAAUGACACGCAGAAAGUGUAG